AUGAAAUUCGUAUAUCACAGGCUUCUUUUUUCACUAGUUAUUUGCAUUUAUUUGACUCUCGUCAUCAGUUUCCCAUUAAGUGAAGACGCCAAAUCAAACAUCAGCAAUAGUACGUCCUCUCCAUGUGAAGAAUAUUUUAAAGUCGGCAAUUGCAGCUCAUGCCAAAAAACGGCUUACAGAACUAAGGAUGAUAAUAUUGCAACUUGCUGGGGACUCUACAACAUUACUCUUAUUAGUAAUGAUGCGUCUUUAUUGACGAGUAAAUGCAAUUUACCUUGCAAUCAAACCGCACUAUUGACUUUAAACGCAGAUAUCCAGAGAGAUUGUAAACAAGAAUUGAUUAAUUGGGUAAAAAAUUCUACCAAUGUUGAUACUUUAUCGUAUCUUUGGAAAGAUGUCUAUUCGGUAAUACCAUAUAGACAGUCUAUAUGCACCAAAUCUUCUGAUGGAACAUACUGUGCGAUCGGUGUUCGCACACAGAUAACAGAGUAUCUAUCGAGUUUAUCAGCCCCUGACGCACAAGUAGCAUUUGAGCAUGAUCUCGACGGAUCAGUUUCAUACGGUGACCCCGAAAAAACAGUUGCAUUACCGAAGAAUAUACGUUGCAGUGAUUGUUACAUAGCCAUGGCACAACCUUGGAUUGAUUUUGCCGAAAAGAAUCCGUCGCCAAUUCCUGAGCUUCAAAGUGAAUUACAAAAAUAUAUUGAACCGAUUAAAGGAAAUACGACUCAAUGCGCAAAGUAG